CCUCAUAAAAACGUCCCGUCUACGUCCAUACUAACGCUAGUCAGACGUAGAAUAAAACACGUUGCCUUGCGUCACGUUCUGCACCCUCAGGGCACUAACACCUGAUGUUGAAGACAGAAUAAACGUCUACAACAACCACAUUUGAACUGCAAUCACCUCAUAAAAACAUCCUAACACAAACGUUUGUGCGUGAUGUUAAACAGACGUAGAUAAAAACAUGUCGCCUGGCGUAACGAUCUGCGCCCACUGGGGACCAACACCCGAUGAUGAAGAUGACGAAUAUGAAACUUUGUACUCUGGAAACAAAGUGCUUGCUUGAUUUUUGUUCACUCAUGGUUUGUUACAUCAACUAUGUCAACUAAAAUCAUUAGAAAUGUUUUGACUGUCCAAUACAUCAAAGUAUACACUUAUGUAAAUCGCUGUCCGUUCAAGACCUUCAACCAUUUGCUUCAGGUCAGCAGUAGCCGUCUGGUUGAGCAGAUGAGGAGAAACGAGGAUGGAAAUGUUUUUUCUGCUCAUCAUUGCUGCAACAGUGGAUGCCCAAAUCAGGUUAAUUGGUCCAAGUCAGUGUUCUGGAAGAGUGGAAGUCCUCUACAACGGUGUCUGGGGAACCGUCUGUGAUGACGGCUGGGACUUGACUGAUGCUGCAGUGGUCUGCAGACAGAUGGGAUGUGGAUCAGCACAGAGUGCACCACCAGCAGCAUACUUUGGUGCAGGAACAGGACAGAUCUGGCUUGAUGAUGUUCUCUGUAAAGGAAGUGAAAGCGAUCUUACUCAGUGUACCAACAAUGGAUAUGGGGUUCAUAACUGUGGCCAUAGCGAGGAUGCUGGGGUCACUUGUGCAGUGGAUGGUGAGAUCAGGUUAACUGGUCCAAAUCUAUGUUCUGGAAGAGUGGAAGUCCUCCAUAACGGUGUCUGGGGGACCGUCUGUGAUUACGGCUGGGACAUGGCUGAUGCUGCAGUGGUCUGCAGACAGAUGGGAUGUGGAUCAGCACAGAGUGCACCACCACUAGCAUACUUUGGUGAAGGAACAGGACAGAUCUGGUUCGAUGAUGUUCUCUGUAAAGGAAAUGAAACCAGUCUGUUUCAGUGUACCAACAAUGGAUACGGGGUUAAUAACUGUGGACAUAGCGAGGACGCUGGUGUCACCUGUGCAGAUAAGGUGAGAAGCUUGGUCACCUGGAGGGAGCUCGGAGUAGAGACGCUUCUCCUCCACUUUGAGAGGAGACAGUUGAGGUGGCUCAGGCAUCUGAUCUGCAUGCCUCCUGCACGCCUCCCUGGAGAGGUGUUCAGGGCAUGUCCCAGAGAAGACCCAGGAUACACUGAAGAGACUACAUCUCUCUGCCCAUCCUGGGACCGCCUUGGCGUACCCCCAGAGGAGCUGGAGGAAGUAGCCGGGGAGAGUGGAGUCUGUGCAUCUUUGCUUAGACUCCUGUCCCCACAACCCAGUCUCAGAUGA